AUGGAAACAAUCCGUUCGCUUGCUGGCCGAUGGGAAGUUGGAGAAGACGGAGGACUUGUGUCGCUGGCAAAAGCUGUUGAAGUUGAAAUGGCGACGAAGGACGGAAAGAAACACGUGCCGCAUGCUUCUUUUGAGUUCGAAUGUGAAGGGCUGGAGGGAAUGACGCUCAGGGAGAUAGCUCAGCAUGGAGAAGGGAAAGGAGCGGAACUUCUUGGGGAGUACAUCGAGUGUGCAUGCAGCGGUGUUAUGGCGUGCUCGACUUGCCACGUCAUUGUCGAUCCAGCAUGGAUUGAGAAAGUAGGAUACCCCGAGGUUGCCGAACAGGACAUGCUUGAUCUUGCGUAUGAGCCCUGCGAUACCUCGCGGUUGGGCUGUCAGGUUGCGCUACGAGAUGAGCUGCAAGGGAUGGUUAUCUCGAUUCCAGAGGCCACUCACAACCUUAUGGAUCAUAUUCCCUUCCCUGAUAAGUAG